UUCCUCAUCAUCAACCAAUCCGCCCACAUCGAUCCCAUGGAACACGUAGCAGUAGUUAAGGAACAGAGAGCAGAUCAAAGCAGCUUCGAGGACAUGGCAAAGUGUCUGAUGAUGCUAUCCCAUGUCCAAGACAAUAAUAACAUUAUGAAAAAGCCUCGAAGCGGCGAAGUAAGCUGUGUGGAAUACGAAUGCAAGACAUGCAAGCGCAAGUUCUCGUCGUUUCAGGCGCUGGGUGGGCACAGGGCAAGCCACAAGAGGCCGAGGCUGGAGGGAGAUCAGGACCUGAGAGCGCAGGCCAAGUCUCUGCGCUUAGCGACGUCGAGACCCAAAAUACACGAGUGCUCGAUUUGUGGUCUGGAGUUUUCGUUGGGCCAAGCACUGGGUGGCCACAUGAGGAGACACAGAUUCGCAGCCCUAAAAGACGUUGUCGUCAGCGACAAUGAUCCUGGCUUUUCUUCCAAAGUGCCGGUUUUGAAGAGAUCCAAUAGCAAGAGGGUUCAGUUCUUGGACCUUAACUUGACCCCUCUCGAGAAUGAUUUGAAGCUCUUGUUUGGAACUGUGGCGCCUAAGGUUGAGGCCCUCAUCUGAUUCCAUUUCUUGUCGCUAUACAUUUACUUUUUCUCCUUCACAUGUAAUUUGUAUCUAUUCUUUAAACUUUUGUAUUCCUUUAAUUCUUACAUGUAACAUUUGUUAUUAGGUCCAUUUUCUAUACAGAUCUCUUGACUUA